AGCGCUGAUCCGGAGCGCCUGGACUCCACUCUGUGUUGAAUGACUUACUAUGAGGUUGACGUUUUCUGCUUAAAUGCCCUUUUAUCAUUUGGAUCCAUUUGAUACCCUAAUCUAUCAUGGCCUUGGAUCAGUUGCCUUUCCUCCAAACUCCCCCAAAUAUCUCCAUCCCUGAGGCCCUCCAGUACGACAGCUUCAUCCAGGGGAAUGAGUCAGACCUGGACUUAAAUGUCUCUCAUACCAGGGAGCUUCACCAGGACAAGACCAGCUCAAUGGUCAUCACCUUCAUCUACUUCGUGGUAUGUGCGGUUGGGCUGUGGGGCAACACCUUGGUAAUAUAUGUCAUCCUGCGCUACGCCAAAAUGAAGACGGUGACCAACAUCUACAUCCUGAACCUAGCUGUGGCAGAUGUUCUGUGCAUGAUGAGCCUGCCAUUCAUCGCUCUGCAGCUGACACUGGUGCACUGGCCUUUUGGAGAGGUGCUUUGCAGAGUGAUCAUGACUGUCGACUCUCUUAAUCAGUUCACCAGCAUCUUCUGUCUGAUGGUGAUGAGCAUUGAUCGAUACUUGGCUGUGGUCCAUCCUAUAAAAUCCACAAGAUGGAGGAAGCCUCGCAUAGCCAAGCUAAUUAACCUGACAGUAUGGGGUGUGUCGCUGUUAGUCAUCUUACCUACUAUGAUCUUCAGUUGCUUAAACGAGGUGCCAGUGUGUGGGAUAGUGUGGCCAGAGCCCCAGGAUGUCUAUUACAAAGUGUUCAUGUUCUACACCUUCUUGAUUGGAUUCCUUCUUCCACUGACUGUCAUAUGCCUGUGCUACCUUCUUAUUAUUGUCAAGGUAAAGUCAUCUGGUCUGAGAGUGGGUUCCACCAAGCGCAAGCGUUCUGAGCGCAAGGUUACACGGAUGGUUUCCAUUGUGGUGGCGGUGUUUGUCCUCUGUUGGCUACCUUUCUACAUAUUCAACGUUGCCUCCGUCACCAGCUCCAUUAACCCCACCUCUGCUGUGAAGAGCACCUUCGACUUUGUUGUAGUGCUUGGAUACACCAACAGCUGCGCAAACCCUAUCCUGUAUGCCUUCCUGUCAGAUAAUUUCAAGAAGAGCUUUCAGAAUGUACUGUGCCUGAAAAAGGUAGCAGGUCUGGAUGAAAUAGAGCGCAGUGACAGCAGGGCAGACAGGAGUAGGAUGGUCAAUGAUGCAGCCAUCAUUAACACCAACUUGGAGACUCACAACGCUGCCCUUCUCAAUGGUGAGCUGCAGACCAGCAUCUGAUUGUUACGGGAAGUCACAUCCUAGGAGACAAUGAAGCUAAGGGCUUCCAAUUUUUUUUGGCUGGCUUUAGUGACCCUAUUUACAUAUAAAGGUGAAGUCAGAAGCAUGAUGUAAUAGCUGCUGCUCACGGACACUGACACAUGAACAAAGUCUAAGUGAAAAUAAACAAUUUCCAGAGAGCUUUCAGAGGUUAAGCAAAGUACACUGACUGAAGCACAAAUCUCCUGAACUUGUUUGCCCUGAAUCAGAGUAAAACAACUCUAGUGAUUCUCAACACUACAUAAACAAGUGGUGUUGAAAUCAAAUACUGUACAUAUACACACUUGAGGUUUCUAUUGAUUGAUCUAUUCUAUUAUUCUAUUCUAAUGAGACAUCAUUUACUGUGUUACUUUUUAAGUAGCUAUAUGUCCACAAUUGGUUUCUGCGAGUGUCUCGGGGGAAAGUUCCCGGCAUGGAUGAAAAUGCAGUAUAAUUAUGUUAAUACCUUGAUACAUUGUAAUGCUCCAAGAAAAGCUAUGAAUGGACCUUUGGGAAAAUCCUUACAUGAACUUUCCUGUAUAUUGUAUUUUGAUCAUAUAUUCUAUUUGCUACCCUGCCUGAAGUGCCACUGUAAGAGCCUUUUAUUAAAUGUGUCCUUUGAAUAUGUUAUAUUUCCUCCUGAUUUGAUUUGAUAAUGAGUUUCCUCACCUGAGCUUCACAUUUGUCUCAUGUGGCAUUUGCUUGUAAAAAUGCUUAGUCUCAAAAAAAGUAGGAAAUUAUAGCAAACAGGGAUAAUGAUUGGGGGGAUGAGAAUGAGAGUUGAGAACAAACAAGCUUGUGACUGUAUUGUGUCUUAUGUGAACAAAACAAAUGAAAACUAAGCCUGAGAGAUUUGUUGUGUGGAUUGUUGAUCAAAGCUGUAAUGCCUUUAAGUUGAGAAAAUGGCUAUUAUAUAAAGAAUGGCAAAAAUGGAAGCAGCAGGAGCCAAGAUUUCCCAUAUUUUAUUCCAUAGUAAAGUCAAUUUAGUAAGGUUUCUCCAUUUCCCAAGACAAAAUUGGUUAGCAUCUUUGUCAGACUAAACUCGAUGCUUUAUUAAUAAAACAGAGAAGAAGAAAAGUCUUGUGGUAGAAUUUAUCUGAGAAAUCUCCCCAUGUUGAGAUAAAUCUGAAGAAAUACUGUAAGCAUGGGUUAAAAUACGAGACUCUGGCAUGUUCUCAGACUCUGUUGUGCUCCUUUUAGAGAUCCAGGCAAAUACAUACAAUUUCAAACGUGUUCACAAGCCAGUCAUGAAGCACAUCCUUACCUACCUCACUUUUUUAGAAAACAUAAAUUGUAUGUCUUAUUAGUUUAAAUAGUGUAAUCAUUAAGCAGGCAGCUUGUAAUCAUUCUUCAUCAAGUUUGUGGAGGGAUAUGGCUGCUCUCUCUGCUCCAGUGUCUGCUUGUAAAGAAAUGUUACUUUUUUUUCUUCUUUUUUUUAUUUGUCACUACGUAUAGCCCUAUAAUAAUUCUGACAAAGUGAUGCAAAUCUUGGCAGGUUAAAGCUUUUUAAUCAAACACAUCAAACUGUGAGAUGCUAUCAUGAGCAUCAGGGACAAUGUAUUAUUACCACUACUUACCACUCACUGUCACUUGGGAUAAAUCAAAAAUGUUCUGAACUUUGAUGGGGACAUGCCCAUAUCAUCCCUACCCAAUCAUAGCCUUGGUGUUCAUACAUAUUUCUGUAUGCUCUGUAGCCACUGCUUUUGAAACAAAAUUGUGUGAAUAAUGAAUGGAAUUACUCAAUGAUUUUGUGUGUUUGCUUGUUUCUGUAUUUUUGUAUCCUACCAACAAUAUCUCAACAAUUUAUGGGUGAAGUGCUGUACAGUUUGAUAAAGACAUUCAUUGUCUCAACAGGUUGAACUUAACUUUCCAUGAAGCCCCUAAAUAAUACAUUUGCUCACUGAAUGUUCAUCCAUCACAAAUUACGAGUAGAAAUAAUAUCAGUCUAAGGCUUAUCCUCAUUUUGCAUUUAGGGCCUUUUAUCUGUUAGCAUGCUAGCAACAGGUUGAUGUAUGGCAGCAUUGUCACUUAAAGCAUGGUUGCAUGCUUAUAUAGCAUUUAGCUUAAAAAUUAAAAUUUUAGCUAAAAUUUAUAGCAGUUUGCUUUGUUAAUUAGGCCAACCAAGCUUCAAUUUACAGUCUCAUAAUCAAGCAACAGCUGAAAGUGGUAGCCUACCACAAAAAAACAUUUUUGAUAAUAACCUGAACUUGAAAAACCACCCUAUAAAUGUUGACUGGAAGAACCCUUUUCCAUAGCAGAUAUGUAUUUAUUUUGUUUUUCUUUUUGGAUAUAAGGCUGUAUGUCUUUUUUUUACCUACUUCUAUGUUGGUGCCAAGCAUAAUUGUGAUUUGGAUUUUUGUCAAAUAACUUCUAAACUUUUGGUCAUUCACCAUAUACAUCAGUGCCAGUGCAUUACUUCAUAUUAAUGUAUCAGUCAAGAAAUAAGCCGUUAAUCAGUUGAUAACAGGGCUCAAAACAAGAACCACAGCCAUGUUUGCAUAUAUUUUUAGAUGUGACAUUGUAGAAUGGUUUAUAUAAGGAAGUAUUUUAUGUGUCAAUUGUAUUAGGUAGAAGGCAGGAUCUGGAUUUUUUUUAUAUUACUUUUAAAUGUAU